CUCCCUCCACCGGGGACCAGGGAGGUUUUCAGCACUUGCCACGGCAGGCAGCUCACAAUGGCCAGCACCACAAAGCCUGAGUGAUUCCUUUGCACCAAGCAGACACUUGACAGAAACCACGGCCGACAGCCAAUCUCAGCGUUCACUAGAGACGCCGAGGCAGCGGAGAGAGAAGGAUAGAGGAAGCCUUCUGUGGAUUAUUUCCAAUAUUAGUAGGAUUUUUUUAGCCUUUUAAUCCAAGCAGGCUUUUUCUGAAGCGUAUAUUCAGUGUGUGUGAAGCAGCAUCAGCACCAUGGAAGAAGACCUGGAUGAGGGGCAGACCCAGAAAGGAUGCCUGGAGUGUUGCAUCAAAUGCCUGGGCGGCAUCCCGUACCCGUCCCUCGUAGCCACCAUCCUGCUGUAUGCGGGCGUGGCCCUGUUCUGCGGCUGCGGGCACGAAGCCUUAUCCGGCACCGUCACCAUCCUCCAGAACUACUUUGAGGUGGUGAGGAGCCCUCUGGAUGCCCUGGAUGUCUUCACCAUGAUUGAUAUAAUCAAAUAUGUGAUCUACGGCAUUGCUUCGGCUUUCUUCGUCUACGGCAUCCUGCUGAUGGUGGAGGGAUUCUUCACCAGUGGAGCCAUUAAAGAUCUGUAUGGAGACUUCAAGAUCACCACCUGUGGACGCUGCGUCAGCGCUUGGUUCAUCAUGCUGACUUACAUCUUCAUGCUGGCCUGGCUCGGAGUGACAGCUUUCACCUCCAUCCCCGUCUUUAUAUACUUCAACAUCUGGAACAUCUGCCAAAAUGCUACGGUGCUGGAGGGGGCCUCCCUGUGCCUCGACCCUCGCCAAUACGGCAUUAUCUCGCUUGCUGAAGCAAAAACUGUGUGUGCUGGAUCGGAGAAAUUCUAUAAAAUGUGUGAAUCCACUGAGCUGGACAUGACGUUCCACCUGUUCAUCUGCGCCCUGGCCGGAGCAGGAGCCGCUGUCAUUGCAAUGAUCCACUACUUGAUGGUGCUGUCUGCCAACUGGGCCUACGUGAAGGACGCCUGCCGCAUGCAGAAGUACGAGGACAUCAAGUCCAAGGAGGAGCAGGAGCUUCAUGACAUCCACUCCACCCGCUCCAAGGAGCGUCUCAAUGCCUACACAUAGAGUCCAGCGCGAGGCCUGGCCCUGCCACUCCGGCCUCUCUCCCCCUGUCUCUCCUCUUGCUUUCUAUCUGUCUCUCUCUACCAUCCCCUCCCGAGGGGGGGCGGAUGGCGCCUAGGGCCCUCGGCACUGCUGAUGUAACUGGUGCGUCAUGUGACAAUGUGGUCUGGAGGGGGGGCUUCACACAAAGCUCCUUCGUCACAAGCAGCAUUUUAAAUGAAAAGAAGCCCCUUUACCUCUCAUGGAUGGGUUUUUACAAUCAUCAUCAUCAUCAUCAUCAUCAUCAUCAUCAUGGCAGUUGUAUUAUUCUUGAAUACCAGUCGUUUAGUGCUGAUCGUAGUUUUAGUGUCGUUUGUAGAACCAGAGGUAGCAGUAAUGUUUCGGCUUUUUUAAGUUUUUAUUAUUAUUUGUGCAUAUGUCUUUUUUUUAUUAUUAUUAUGUAAUGAGUACCAUUUUGGUCUAAUUCAUAAUUUAUUUCCUUUUUUUAUUAACUUCCGAAGGGGUCGACGGGGGCUUUAAAGGGUUUCCAAGCACAUUUGUCAUGUUGUGUGUGUGUGGAGAUUUCAUGUGUCAGAGCCGUACAUUUUAAAUGAAUGAGAGCUUAGUUUUUGAAAAUAUUUAGCAUCUCACAGUUAUGAAAGGUUAUUUGCCAGUAUUCCCCGGGGUCAGGACACACUUUCACAAUAAAACUAGUCACUUAGCUUUUUUUUCCCUAUAAAGUAGCAAAACAAAUACCAAAUUGAUGGGAAAAAAAACCUGCUGAAAAGAAAUCAUUAUACAUUUCAAAAGGGGAAUGAAUUUUAAUUGAGGGUUGUAAAAUUGUUAUUUUAAUAUAUUUUCAGAAAGCAGAACUGAAUAAAUACUAAUCUGCUGUUUGAGCAAAACUCUGCACUGUACAUAUGGUUACGCUUAUCCUUGUGUUUUUGCACUUAUGCUUAAAGAUAAUUAGCGAGGGGACGAUAAGAAGUGUCUCCAUGUGUCAAUCUGAAAUAAGAACAAAAAGCUCCUCGGCUGAUUUCUAAGAUGUGAUCAACGUGUGUGUCACAGGUCCGUUCUCUGUGUGCGUGUUUAUGACAGUAACUGUAUUGCCCACACAUUUUGCCAUAUGGCUGCAGAGAUGGCCCGUCACUUCAUUGCCUGCUCAUUUUUUAUCGCCGUUUCUCAAAACCCCCCUCCCCCACCUGUUUCUUGCACUGACUGCUCUCUCUAGAUGUAACCGCUUUGCUGUUCAACUGAAAGUUGGAUAACUGUACUGUUAGUAAAGACUGUGAAUUUAUUGUAGCUGUUUUUUUUGUGGCAUGGAGAUUCAUUAAUAUAGUCUCAUUGACUCAAAAGGUUACUUACUUCUUUAUUUUUGUAAUUUAGACUGUCUUGCUGAAUCAACCCUCUGUUUAUAUGUGCAGUAAUGAUCCUCCCACGCUCACCGCCUUUUAUCCUUCUGAUAUUAGCCUGUAGCCUUUGAGUUGUGUCCAUUUAGUUUGUGAUGCGCUUACAACCAUGUCUUGAAGCUGAUUCUCGUACCAACGUGACUUACUCUUAUACGAUGACAAACAAUGCGUCCAGCUUCCUCCCCGUAUUAGUCUUUUGUUCUUUCACUACAGAUGCUUAAUUACGAGCUUUAAAGGAAAAUCUGUUUUGUACAUCCAUGUGCCAACAGCUUGAAGUGGCUUAUUUGACCUGUGUGAUCAAAUUUGCUUGCAUAAAUAAAAUUCACUCAUGUACUUGUUAA